AUGUACAAAUACCUAGGGCGGAACAUGAAUGGAGUGUUUGCCGUUGAGAAGCCCCUGGGGGUGAGCAGUGCCCAGUUCAUCAGCAAGAUCCAGACCAUCUUCACCAAGUCGCCGGCGUUUCAGGCGGAUAUGAUCGAUGCUCGCAACAAGCGGAUGGAAGACCUUCUGACGUCACGGUGGUCCAAGGAUAAGAUCAAAAAUAAGGUCAAGAAGUUACAGGUUAAAAUUGGCCACGGCGGUACUCUUGACCCAUUAGCCCUGGGGGUGCUUAUCAUCGGUGUUGGCAGCGGCACGAAGAAGUUACAGCCGUAUUUGACUCAGUGUACUAAAGUAUACAAGACCAAAGCGUUAUUGGGUAUUUCCACUACCACUGGUGAUUGCGAAGGCGAGAUCAUCACUAAAAACCCGAUUGACCACAUCACAAAGGAAAUGGUGUUGGAAACGCCGCAGAAGUUUAUCGGCAACUUAAAGCAGACUCCACCCAUCUUCUCGGCUUUAAAAGUGAACGGUAAGCCGCUUUACGAAUAUGCUCGUGAGGGGAUCCCGUUGCCUAUGGAUAAGAUUAAAGUCCGUGAUGUCAAAGUGAAUUUUUUGGAGCUUAAUGAAGACAACAUCUUGUCUACUGACCACGAAUUUGUUAAGCUUGAGAGUCAAUUGGACGAAAACGGGGUGCCUAAAGAACACGGCCUCAUCAACAACCCUACGUUGAACGAUGCUCAAUUAUUCUUCUCGGAAGAGUUUAUGGCUAAGCAAGGCGAUGACUAUCAGAUGCCUCGCCCCAAACCGCUCGAAGAAGAUACUCUUCCGGAGAAGCUUCCCAUGGUCGAGUUCACGUCAUCGGUGAGCUCAGGUACCUACAUUCGCAGUUUGAUCAGUGACUUUGGUAAGGCGCUUGAGUCGCUGGCGUAUAUGGUUGAAUUGAUUAGAGCUAAGCAAGGUGAAUGGGAACUUGGCAAAAACACUUUUACUCUUGAAGAUUUCGAAGGCGACUCCACCGUGUGGGGCCCGGUAUUAAAGCAAGUUCUCGACGCCGAGCCCGGCACCGUCGAUGUUCCUGAAGCUUUGGCCAAACAAGCUAAGGUGGUGGAGGAAAUGAAGUUGACAACUGAAGACGAUGGUAAGGUUGAGGAAGGCAAAAAAGAAGACAAAGAAGACAAAGAAGAAGACAAAGAAGACAAAGAAGAAGCGGAAAAGGUUGUACCCCAAAAGCGGAAACUUGAGGAAUCGGAAUAG